AUGCAGCAUCACACUAACCCCGCCCCUCUUCAUUCCUAUUGGUCCGUUCUGCAGUCUUUCAGCAGAAAAGGCUGUGAUUGGCUGUAAUCCUUUACAUCACUGGUACACAGACCCGACCUAAAUAGACAGAGUGUACUGGUGCUUCGAUAGGUAGUAAUUCAAGUGCGUAUUCCCAUCAACUCUAUCACAAGCGUUCAUCAACAUGAUGAACCCCAAGGUUUUCUUCGACAUCACUAUUGAUGGAGCUAACGCUGGGAGGGUUAUAAUGGAGCUGCGAGCGGAUGCGGUCCCAAAGACUGCAGAAAACUUCCGUGCUCUCUGCACCGGGGAGAAAGGCUUCGGUUACAAGGGCUCCACAUUUCACCGCCUCAUCCCAAAGUUCAUGUGCCAGGGGGGAGACUUCACUAACCACGAUGGAACUGGAGGCAAAUCCAUCUACGGGGAGAAGUUUGGUGACGAGAACUUCCAGUUGAAGCAUCAGGGCAUGGGCACACUGUCCAUGGCGAACGCUGGGCCAAACACCAACGGGUCCCAGUUCUUCAUCUGCACAGACAAAACUGACUGGCUGAACGGGAAGCACGUGGUGUUUGGAAGUGUUGUGGAGGGCGUCGAUGUUGUCAAGGCAAUGGAGAAGCAAGGCACAAAGAGCGGCACUCCUAAGGUCAAGGUUGCCAUUGCCGACUGCGGUCAAUUAAAUUAGUGCGUCAAGGCUCCUUAUGUUGUUUCCUUUAUCAUCCACAUCCCAGUUAAUAUUUGAGGUGGUGAAUAUCAGAGAAAAACGCUGAAUUAAUUCCCUUUCUUCACUAAAAAUGUUUCUCUCCCGUGUUGUCUGUUUAAUAUUUUGUACCUGCUUAUCUGUUCUUUAAGGACCACAUUUGUUAAAGUCUGGAUAAAAUGAUUCAAAUGGUGAAAAAUAAAAAGAUAUGUAAGGUUAACUUUGUUUGUCUUGUCAUAGUGUGAAUGCUGUUCAACAGCAGCUGGGGUCACAAAGAAAAGUACAGGGGGUUAAACAAAUACAAAUAUUCUUCUUUAUUUACUUUCUGACAGUUUAGAAGUUUACCACAGUGCUUUCUGCCCCUUUUUCACAAACUGUACUGUAGAACAUCUUUAACAUACUCAAUAACAAAAAUACUAUUCAAUAUUUAAACUUUAUUUAAGUAUCCCAGGGGCAUUUGUGAAAUUCUUCAUACAUAAUGAGAACUUGGGAGCAUGUUUAUAUUUACAUAACAAAGGACAAUUCCAUCCUAAAAAUGUGUAUUCAAGUAAAGUAGGGAUAGAAACUAUGUGAAAUGUUCAUGAUAUGUUUUUAUAUUAAGCUAUGUCAGUGCUCCCUGAGUGCAGUACAGCUGAUGAACUGUUCUGCUCAGAGCUGGACCCAGGUUCCUGAAAAACAGAGAAAAUUAAAUGUGAAUUAAUUGCCAUUUCUUACAGUACUGCCAUUACAUUCAUUAGCUCAUCUGAAUAAAGUAUUUAGCAUG